CCACCACCAUAGCCGCCAUGGUCUGGGGACCUCAGGCGGCCGGGGCUGCCCUUGGCGCUGCCUGAGCCGUUCACGCCUCCCGGUCAGACUCGUGCGCGGCCUUGGCGAGAUGCUAUUGGUUGCCAUCUCAUUGGCUCUCCUGUUGGUGGCUCUUCUGUACCUGCGGCACCUGGGCUGGGGCUUGAUAGCUAUCUUCUGGUUUGAGUACGUGCAGCAGCCAGUCCUUAACCUGCUCAUGGGCGACACAAAGGAGCAGCGCAUCCUGCACUACGUGCAGCAGCAUGCCAAGCCUGGAGACCCCCAGAGUGCACUGGAGGCCAUUGACACCUACAGCUCACAGAAGGAGUGGGGCAUGCAUGUGGGUAAAGAGAAAGGCCAAAUCAUGGAUGCAGUGGUUCGGGAGUACAAGCCCUCACUGGUGUUGGAGCUAGGAGCUUACUGUGGCUACUCAGCCAUGCGGAUAGCCCGCCUGCUGCCACCUGGAGGCAGGCUUCUCACCAUGGAGAUGAACCCUGACCAUGCCGCCAUCACCCAGCAAAUGCUGAAUUUUGCAGGCCUGCAGGACAAAGUCACCAUCCUCCUUGGGGCAUCCCAGAACCUCAUCCCGCAGCUGAAGACGAAAUACGAUGUGGACACAUUUGACAUGGUCUUUCUUGACCACUGGAAAGAACGCUACCUGCCAGACACACAUCUCCUGGAGGAACAUGGCCUGUUGCGCAAGGGGACGGUGCUUCUAGCUGACAAUGUCAUUGUCCCAGGAGCCCCCGACUUCCUGGAAUACGUGAGGGGGAACAACAAAUUCGAAUGCACACACUACAGCUCAUUCCUGGAGUACAUGAAAGUGGUAGACGGCCUGGAGAAGGCAAUCUACCAGGGUCCAAGCAGCUCAUGAAGCACUGACCACUUAGCCUGCCCUGAGAUCCCCUUCCAGCUUCCUUCUGCUAGAUGACACUCACUCAUGCUGACCCCUCUAUGCUUCUGGAGCCUGUCCUCAGCUGCUGUCGAGGACACUCGAAAGGUAUGAGCUCGCUGUCUAAAACCACUACAGGAAAUCGGGAAAGCACCUGUGGAGAAAAGGCUGAAUGGAGGCUCACAGUACCUGCCCAGCAUGUAAGAGGCCUCAAGUUUAAUCCUAAAUGCCAGAAAAUACGGGAUUAAAAAAAAAAAAAGUCAAAGCAGGUGUAAUCCUGCUGGUUCACCUAUGAGACAGGGCCAGCAGGUUCACCUAUGAGACAGGGCCAGAUGCGUAGGCACUGCCAUCACCAAUUAGGCCAAGCAAGAAGUCAGGAAAUUGGAAAUAUCCAGAUGCUGUCUGGCUGUCACCAAAUGGCAGCAAUGCCUAUGACUGCACUGUUACCAGCAACCCAUACCACAGUCCAUCUUAAGAAUGAGUCAUAAACUUUCCAGGUGUACUGGUGCAUGUCUUUAAUCCCAGCACCCAGGAGGCAAGGCAGGCAGAUCUCUGAGUUCAAGGCCAGCCUGGUCUACACACCAGUGAGUUCUAAGACAGCCAAGGCAAAAGAAAAAAAAAAAACAAGUUAUAACCUGCUUUUUAGUUAUUCUGUGAUCUUUUAUCAUAAAAGAAAUUAAAGCUCUGAAUAUUUGGAUACAAAAGA